AUGGUACAGCUGGUCGAUGACCUGUGCCGCAUGCGGAUGCUGAUGGCUGGUGUCUAUGUUGGUAUCGCCAUCUCCUCCACAUAUGGUUUCAGCAUAUUUACGGACCAUCUGAAGGAGAAGUACGGCUUAUCCCAGAGUGAUAUCACAACAAUCAGUACAGUUGGCAAUUGUGUGAAUUACUGCAGCUUCCCCGCGGGUAUGCUGUUUGACUAUGCUGGUCCCAUGGUCGUGCUUCCUAUUGCUGGGUUCUUGGGCUUUCUGGGAUUCUUUUUAUUUGGCCUAACAUUCGACGGCACUAUUAAGACUGCCAAUGUUGUGCUCUUCUCCGUUUACCAGGGGAUUGCACACCUUGGUCUUCCAGCGAUGGAUUGUGGUGCAGUGAUGCCGCUGAUGAUGCAGUUCCCUAUGGAUCGUGGUUAUGUGGUGUUGGUCCAGAAGACCUUCAGUGGUCUUGGUACUUCAGUACUAAUGGCGUACUUCAACGGGUGGUUCAAGGCGGCUGAUUCUACCAACAUCGAGGGCAACAACUACUCUGGUUAUGCGUACUUUGUUGGGGCCCAGAUUCUGCUCUGUUCUCUUGUUGGCACCUACUUUAUGCGGUUGCCGGUGUACUCUCCUUGUGCGUGGAGGAAGAAGCGCCUGACUGCCGAGGAAUUAACUGAACGCGAAGGUACACUUGAGCUGUACAUGAAGCAGCAUGCUCCCAUCCGGCGUCUGAAGAUUGGAUUCGCACUUGUCGUUGCCAUGCUGAUAUUCGCCACCACACAGUCCAUUGCCACAGCUUACGUGAAGACGUCCUACUCGGGCUAUUUGGUGAUUUCUAUUGUCGCCGUGCUGCUGAUGGCAUCGUUUUCAGUGAUUGCGCUGCCGUUCCAGUUCCUGGGACGCUACACUCCGGUGCGCUCAACACACAUGGAGGUGAUUGGCGAAGCGCCAAACGCACCGCUUGAUCGUACGAUGACUGCAGAUCUAUGCGAUAUGAAUGAGCCUCCGGUAGCGAAGGGUGAAGAGAAGCCUGUGCUUAGCCCAGCACCACAGUACACUGGCUCCUUCUGGGCUCACCUGCUAACUGUUGACCUGUGGGCGCUGUGGUUGACAUGUCUUGGUACAUGGGGUACGGGUACAGUGAUGCAGAUGAACGCUGCCCAAAUAUACGCAAGCAAAAACUAUGGCGAGAAAGACACUCCCACACUGACACUGUACAUUGCCAUUAUGUCUGUGGGUAGCGCAGUGGGCCGUAUCUUUAUCGGUUUUUUGGACCUGAAGUUGUCUCAAUGGCAGCGGGAGGGAAAGACAGAAAUGCUGAUGACAGCUGCACUACCCCUUUGUUGUCUAUGCGUAUUCCUUGCCUAUCUGUUCUUUGCUGUGCUGCCACAGCAGGGGCUGAUUGUGCCCUUCUUUCUUGGGUCAUUUGGUAACGGUGCAGCUUGGUCUAUGGGUGUUUUGGCUGUACGGAUGAUGUACGCACAGGAUAUUGGAAAGCACUACAACUUUCUGUUUUCCUCCGGUAUUGUGUCUACGAUUGCACUGAACCGCUUCAUGUUCGGCGAGAUGUAUGAUGCUCAGGGGCGUGAGCGUGGUGAGUUCCCCUCAUGCAAUGCCCCCAUCUGCGUGCGCAACCAGAUGUUUAUCCUCAUGGCUGUGAACGUUGUCGCAGCUUUUGGUGCCGCACUCGUGCACUGGCGCUUUGCGCGCUUCACAAAGGCGGAGAGGGAGAAGGAGCAGAUGACCGUCCAAUUGCCAAGCGGAAUUAAGGAGGUUGGUGAUGUUGACACGAAGGAGUCAUAUGAAGCUGGGAAUAAACUUUAA